AUGUCCGACAAGCGCGCAGUCGAUGGUCCCGCGCCGGUCGUCGAUGGCACCCACCCUCGCAGCCCAGGCGCCCCUCUGCCAUGGCUCACGUCCUGGGAGCGCGACCUCCUCGCGCUCAGCACCGCCUUCAAGCUCCUCCUCUGGCCCUGCUACCACUCGACCGACUUCGAGGUCCACCGCAACUGGCUCGCCAUCACACACUCGCUCCCCAUCCGCCACUGGUAUUUCGACUCGACCUCGCAGUGGACCCUCGACUACCCGCCCUUUUUCGCCUACUUUUCCUGGCUCCUCGCGCAGCCCGCUCCCCUCGUCGACCCGCUCAUCGUCAGCCUGCACGAGGGCAUCGACCACGCAGCAUGGCCCGCAAAGGCCUACAUGAGGGCCACCGUGCUCAUCACCGAGCUCGUCCUCGGCGCCGCCCUCGUAGCCCACGCCCGCUUCGGAUCGCAGCGCGCCCUCAAGUCGGGCCAUGGCGACGUGCCCACGACGUCGUCUUCUGCGCCAGCCACGGCCACGGCCACGGCCACGACCGACGUCGGCAGCUCCAUCCCGAAGUCCCCGUCCGCAAUCGCCACCGACGACACGGCUACGCUGCUGGCCGCCAGCCUGUUCCUGCACCCGGGCCUCGUCAUCAUCGACCACAUCCACUUCCAGUACAACGGCUUCCUCUUUGGCGUGCUCCUCUGGUCGCUCUGGGCCGCGCGCGAGGACAGGCCCUUGCUCUGCGCAUUCCUCUUUUCGUCGCUCCUCAAUCUCAAGCACAUCUACAUCUACAUCGCGCCCCCCUUUGUCGUGUACCUGCUGCGCGCCUACAUUUACCCACCCGGCAGCCAGCCCUCGGACCUGCCUAAGUCGCUCGAGCGCCUCAUCAUCCUCGGCGCCGUCACGCUCGCACCCUUCCUGCUGAGCCUCGUGCCACUCGCCAUCGAUGGCGCCCGUGGCGAGGCCGGGGCGACGGGCACCCUCUCGCAGAUGGUCUCGAGGCUCUUUCCCUUUAGUCGCGGCCUGAUCCACGCCUACUGGGCGCCCAACGCGUGGGCGCUGUGGGCCUUUGCCGACCGCGCCCUGGUCAAGCUCUUCCAGCGCAGACCGGAGCUGAUUGGCUUCCUGCCGCAUCGCCUGGCCACCAAGUUCCACGCGUCGGCGGCCGCCGAGGGCCUCGCGUCGGCCUCUCGCGGCCUGGUGGGCCACGUCUCGUUUGCGGUCCUGCCAGACAUCCUCCCGCCCACUUGCUUCCUCCUCACCCUCACCUGCAUGCUCGUCUACCUCUUCAAGCUGUGGCAGGCGCCCACCUACCGCUCCUUUCUCUCGGCCAUCAGCCUCUGCGGCUUCGCCUCGUUCCUCUUUGGCUGGCACGUCCACGAAAAGGCCAUCAUGCUCGUGCUGGUCCCCUACACGUUCCUCGCCGCCGACGACUACGCCCACUUCCGCACCUUUGUCAUCCUCAGCACCGCGGGCAUCGUCUCGCUCUUCCCGCUCCUCUACGAGGCCGCAGAGACGCCCAUCAAGCUCGGCUUCACGCUGCUCUGGUCGCUCGUCGUCUUUGGCUCGCUCUCGAAGCGCGUCUACCGGCCCAUCACCUCGAACCUCGGCAUCGCCGUCCACCCCCUCGAGACGGCCUACCUGUACGGCUUCCUGCUGCUCCAGCUGUACGUCUCGGUGCUCCACCCUCUGGUGUUUCCCGCCCCGCCAUCCGCAGCCGUGUCGCUGCAGCCGUCGCCAGCAUCCGCGGCGAUCCCCGCACGUGCAUCGCUGUCGCCGGCUCCCAGCAUCGCGCCUCCCAUCGCCACCGAUGCUGCGACGCCAAUAGCCGCUGGGAGCCACGAGUCGAUCUCAGAUGCGGCGCCAGAAGUUUCGGUCAUCGACACGAUCCUGCCGACGGCCGAGGCGGCAGCAGCAGAUCCCGAACCCACCGCCUCUUCUUCUCCCCAGGACAUCGAAGUGGACCAGGCGCAAGCGCCAGCGACGCCGGCCGAGGCCGUCGACGGCCUCGACGACUUUUCUCUGCCGGAUACGGAACCGAUAGCGGCGGCAGGAUCGAAUCUCGCGUCUUCCUCUGACCUGCUGCAGUCCGCAGCGUCGACAGCCGUCGCCGCAUCCCCGACCGCUGCCGUCGCCGCCACUGCCGAUGCUUCCAUUCCGGCCGCCGCCCCCCCGUCGACACCACCGCCCGUCGCGGACCCCUCGUCGUCGGCCGCCAUGGAGUUCCUGCCGCUGAUGCUCGUCAGCGUCUACUGCGCCAUCGGCGUCGUCUGGGCGUGGCUGCGCGCCUCGUCGCUCUACCUCGCUCAGCAGUACUAG